AUGAGGUCUCCGCAGCUCUGGGCGGCUCUGUGCCUCCUCCUCACCGCCUCCUGCCGGCUCUGCGCGGCCGCCCGACACGGUUGUUUGUUUGAAAAGAAGCUCUGUCCGAGGGAUCAGCUGUGCAACGAUGACGGCUUGUUCGGACAGUGCCGGGCUCCUCACCAGGAGCCAAUCCAGUACCAGGUGUCUGUACCCGUCCUGCACAAACUGCAGGAAGUCCUCAAAGACCUGAUGGUGCAAGGGCUGACCUGGAAGGACGACAUCACGCAGGCGAUCAUCAGCCGGGAGUUGAGUCACGUCCCCGCAGUCGGGUCCUCCUCCAGACUCCGUGAGAAGUCGCCCAAACAGUUGUCCAGACUGUCGGGCCCCAGUCAGAGGAGAGUUCAGGGGCCCGAGGGUCCAGCUAACUCAGAGUUGAUGCAGCAGUAUGUGGACUACAUGAUCCUCGACCCCUCCCAAUCCUCCGUCCACAUGCAGACGCCGCUGCUGGACCCUUACACCUACCACCAGCAGCAGUACGGCUACCAGGAGCAGGAGGAGCGCUCCCUCAACACUCUGGACGAUAAUCCAGCCUUUCCGCUCCUCGCCUCUCCUGCUCGCUCCAGAUCCCGAGGAAGCUCUCUGGACAGAGACCGCCAGCUUCUCCAGGACCUGGUUUCCUUUUACCUCACCUCCCCUUCUUCCUCCUCCUCCUCCUCCUCUUCCUCCCCUGUGCAGUCCUUCUCCCGCCACAGAGCGGCGGCAGCAGCAGCAGCAGCAGCAGCAGCAGGAUUUCCCUCUUCACUGUCCUCCUCCUCAUCUUCCUCCUCCUCCUCCUCCUCCUCCUCCUCCUCCUUCUUCCCGGAGCUGGACUUCCCCCUGGACUAUGGUGAGGACUACAUUUCCCAGGUGGCCCAGCUCAGUAAGCAGCAGCAGCAGCAGCGGCAGCAGGAGCAGGCGGAGAAGAAGGAGCAGGAAGAGUACGACGCCCUGUCAGGACUGGAUGAGCGCUCUCUGCAGAGGUUGGCUCUGCUGCUCGACCACUACGGCCUCGACGUGAAGGAUUUGUCCCCCGAGCAGAAAGACAACCUGCCGGCGGCCCUGAAGCAGCUCCAGCUGGAGAGCUCCUACGCCCACAAACAGACCAAAGAUAAAUAUGGAAACAAUGCUGCCACAGGAAAAAAGAUCACAGAGGGUUCGAUGGCUUAUAAGAUGGUCCCCGAGGCUCCACCCUCCACCGUCAAAGCACCCAAACCAGAAGAAGGCCAGAAAGACACGACUCCCGCUUUAACGGCCAACCAGGAACAACUGAGGCCUAACGAACCGGCGGCCAAGGCAGAGGAGUACGGCUACAUCGUCACCAAUCAGAGGUACAGUAGGGGCAUUUCCUCCAUGUGGUUCGACCAAUCAGGACGACUGGAUGUGUUUGAGUGAAUGAAUGUGUCGAGUUGUGGAGGUUUUUCUACCGUUUUCAUGUUUGGACUGGAGUUUGUGUGUGGACGGAAAAUUAAAGGGAUCAGAAGACGAACUAUUCACUAACUAUUCAGCAGAAAAAAUUACUGCGAAAGUAACAAACAAAUAAACAAGGA